AUGCAUACAUCAACACCUUUCGCUCAUAAGGGAUCACAACGUUAUACAAUUCCUUGUGGAAUGAACAUUUCGAUGAACAAUCAGUCAGAUUCACACUUAUCUGGGGCUCAAGUAAAUAUGAAAAAGCGUAACAAACCAUUGAUGGAGAAGCGUAGACGUCAACGCAUCAAUCAUGCACUUGAAGAAUUGAGAAAAUUGAUCAUAGAACCUCGAAUGAAGCAUUCUAAUAAACUGGAGAAAGCCGAUAUUUUAGAUAUGACUGUGAAAUUUAUCAGGGAACUAUCAGCCAGUGAUAUACCCGGAAAUUGCCACUGCAUAUGCAGUGAGACAAAACAAACAGAAAAUAUACACACAUUUCUCUAUGGUUAUCUAUCUUGUGAAACAGCUUUCAAAUAUUCUAUUCAGAAAAUCCUCUCCAAGCAGCAGUCAACAAACGGAUCUGAAUCUAGAUCUUACACACUAUCAUCCUCCUCAUCAUCUUCUCCUUUUUGUAAUCUGGCCGAACAAAAUUAUCUGUCUGUUAUUUCUGAAGAAAUGACUCUCCACAAACAAUCAACGAUAUCUCGCUUGUUUAAUAUGGAUUUAUCCUCCCUUCAUUGUCCAUCAAGCCCUUUCAUAACAAAACAGAAGUCACUGAGUGAUUCAUCGAAUUCAACCAGUUCAAUGAUAGAAUAUAGUCCUCGACAUCAUUCACCCUUCCACUGUAUAGAACUACACAGUCCAAGGAAUUCACAAGUACAUUCAGCCAUGAGUGAAUAUGUUUUUGAUAAUGAAACUUCAAUAUCACCAUCUUAUAACUCUUCUUUAGUGUCUAACGAAACAGGUGAUGUUUCAGAUGGAAAACCUUUGUGGAGACCAUGGUAG